GGACUCCACGCUUCCUCUCCAAGGACCCCAAGAAGGGCCGUCUAGGGUUUCGGAGCUCGAGCCGGAUGGAAGAGGAGCGAGGGCCGGGAGUUCGAAGGAAGCCGACAAAGCGGAGGAGGAGGAUCAGAGGAUUCGCGAAGUCGGCGGCGGAUUACCUCGUCUCCGAUGCCUCCAUGCCGCUGGCUUCUCCUCCUUCCACUGCCAUCGCCUUUCCUCCUACCGCAGGGUUAAGGCUGGGUUUGGCUACUGAUGGAUUUAAUCCAUUUCGAACGAUGAGUUCUAUAUACAGCACUUGGCCAGUUGUUUUGGUUCCAUAUAAUUUGCCACCAUGGAUGUGUAUGAAACAAUUUUCACUCAUUCUGUCAAUGGUUAUUGCAGAUGAUAAGGGCCCAGGUAACAACAUGCCGCGAGGAAAACGAUUUAAAGAUAUUGAGUUUCAACACUCUCAAGUGGAAUCUUCUUCUGACCAUUCCUUGCAAUCCCAGCAGCCCGACGAGCUCCAACAGCACGAGUCCCAUACUCAGCACGAGUCUCAUACUCAGCACAAGUCCCAGUCUGAGCACGUGCCACCUGCUGAUUGUCCAGACACCGAUGACAUGCACAUCCAGGAUGGACUGGGGAGAGUGAGGAGGACACGAGGACCUACUCGAGCACGGGACGUGUGGAGCCUACGUGAGGAUGAGAAGAUCGUCGUCCAAUGCAAUGAACUGGGGCAACCCAUCAAGAGGGCUGCAAGCAUCUUAUCGACUUUUCUAGGAUCGGUUGCGCGGAAGGGUCAGUUGUGUCCGCUCAACUAUACGAAAUGGAAUGAAAUGCUUCCUUCGUAUAAGGUUGAGCUUCUUAGAGUUAUUGAGGACAAGUUUUUGCUCCCUAAAGAGAGCCAUGAUUGGGUGUUGAAGUCUGUUAACCGCAAGUGGAAAGAAUAUAGGGCGAAGUUAAAGGUGGACUGGAAGCACGAUGGUAUGACAGAAGAGGAGGUUGGCCGUGUUUGUCCUCCUGAUGUAAUCCCUAAUCAGUGGAGGGAGCUUGUCCACUACUGGUUUUCCGAGAAAGCUCAGACAUAUUCCAACAUUGGUAGAGCUGCACGAGCAUCUCAGACUGUUCCUCAUACUUCAGGCUCGAUGAGUUAUGCGAGGCGUAAAGCUGAAUUCAUGAGUGAUAAUGGAAGGAAGCCUGGCAAGGUGGAGUUUUAUAAGAUAACUCACACCCACCGAGAUGGCAGCUUUGUUCGGAAGGAGUCAAGAGAUAUAGUUGACAGGGCAACAACUCUUAUUUCAGAGCGCGUCGGGAAGUCAUCAUCAUCCGAUGCGACCAGUCAUGUCGAAGCUCAGGUGCUCGCUGAAUUAUUGGGCCCAGAGCGUUAUGGUCGAGUGAGGGGUUAUGGCGUUGGAGUUACCCCCACUCAAUUAUCUGCAGUGGGCAUGUAUACAAGAAAUGUUGGAGAAGGUAGUAGCAAUGCAGAAGUUAGUAGUCUUCGGGCAACUAUUGAAGAUAUGAAGAAUAGCCAUCAGGUAGAGUUGGCAGAACUGAAGCAGAACCAACAAACUUUGCAGUCUCAGCUUGAGCAUAUUUCAUCUAUGUUACAGCGAUUUCUCCCUCCUCAGAUUCAUGAUACUUCAACUGCUCGUAGAAAUGAUGAUGGUGCUGAAUCCGGUCCUUGAUACUUUUUAGACUGUUUUUUAAGAAGUUUAAUAUGAAUCUUUUUUAUAUUUUUCGAAGUAUAUUGUAAAAACUUAUUAUGUAAAUUUAAUCAUAUAUGACAAUAUUAAUGUUUCGAAUGAUCUGAAUGUUUGUGUCAAUGUAAUGCAGGUUUAUAUUGUUAUAAUGUGAUUUA